AUGUUGCCCACUAUGCCUGCUGCUUCCUUCUGUCCACCUGCUGCCGACCUUCCUGGCAAGCCUUCUGUCCCUGCUUGGAUCCCACCUCCAGUGACAAAGGAAAAAGAGAAUUUUGCCGAACUUCAGUCAAUUGAUUUGUCACUGCUCGAUUCCGAUGAUCCCCAGGUAGUUGACAACCUGAUUCAGCGAGUCAAAGCUGCCAUUCGGGAUGAUGGAUUUUUGUUCUUGGAGAACUACGGCGUGUCUUUGGAACAGCUUCACCGGCAAUUCAGUCUUGCUCAAUACCUGUACAAAAAUAUCAGCGAAGAAGAUAAAGAGCGUCUUAUUUUCAGCCCCGAGACUGGUGUCUGGUCGGGUUACAAGCAUCCCUAUGGAUUCAAGAGAGAGCGCGGUCCCGCCGAUGGCAUUGAGCAAUUCAACUGGUACAGACCCGACUGGGAAACCCUAGAUCGCGUCCCAACAUGUUUGCACCCUUUCAUGGAUGAGAUCGAAUCAUUCUGCAACUAUCUUACUCAAUCCGUGAACCGCCGGCUUCUGACUCUAUUUUCGCGUGUGUUGGAACUUGACGAUGACUAUCUCUGGGAUAAUGUCCAAUCACAGGGCCCUUCUCCAACAGGUGAAGGUUAUUUCAGACAUGCCCUUUUUAAGCCCGUCGAGAGAAAGACUGAAGAGGCAUCCAAAGGCCUUCGUAUGCAUGGGCAUACCGACUUCGGUCUAACGACAUUGCUUUUCUCUGUCCCCAUCUCCUGCUUGCAGAUUUGGGGUCGCGACGAGAAAUGGUACUACGUGCCGUACAAGCCAGGCGCUCUUGUAAUCAACAUUGGUGACACAUUGGAGAUCGUUUCUGGGGGCCAUUUCAAAGCCACUCGGCAUCGAGUCUUCAAGCCACCUGUCGAUCAAAUCCAUGAAGAACGCCUCUCUUUGGUAUUGUUCAACAGCUCGGUUGGCGAUCUCCGCAUGACCCCAGCACAGGAUUCUCCACUCAUCCAGCGAGAGGGUUGUAUUGAGGAGCAGGGUGUCUAUAAGGAGUUCAAGAAUCUUACAUCUCAAGGACAGCUCGUGCCAACAAAUCGACAAUGGCGCGAGAUUCAGAUCUCUACUGUUACUGAUCCCACAGACGAAACUAGGAAUUCGGUCGGAAAAGAUCAGGUGAUCAUAGAAGGCAAGCUCAUGCACCAACGGGAAUAUAUGGGCGUGAAGGUGGUUUUGCCCGUUUAA